AUGGCGCCUAUUUCUUCGCAAAGUAGAGUUAGCGUUGGAAAUAGAGAUGCAUCACCAGAUCGUUACUUGUUGAAGUUUGAAUCUUUUUCGAUGCUCUCAGCGAUUGGUACAAACAAGUAUGAAUCAACUGUGUUCCAGUCCAGCGGCUACAAAUGGAAAAUGAUCAUCUAUCCUGAUGGAGAUGGAAGUGCGGAUGGACUUGAUCAUGUUUCAGUAUACUUGGCCGUUGCUGACACAAGCACUUUACAGGCUGGUUGGGAGGUCAAUGCCACAUUUAGCUUCUUGAUAUUUGAUCAAAUUCAUGGCAAGUAUAUUGUAAUGAGAGGGAUCCCUCUUAAGGGUUACCUUAUUAAAGACAGAUGUGUCUUUGGGGUAGAUGUAUAUGUCAUCAAGAACCAAGGGUUGGGUGAAUGUGUGUCCCCGUCGAAUAAGCUCACGGCUUAUAAGCACAAACGGAAGAUUUCUAAAUUGACAAAAGUGAAGAAUACAGUGCAUUCUGAAGAGUUUACUGUUGGGGGUUACAAAUGGAAACUUUGUCUAUAUCCGACAGGUGAUGUUAGACAUAAUGGCCAGAGCAUUUCCAUCUUUCUUGAAUCAGUUGAUGCUAAAGGAUUUGAUUUCCAAAAAAGGGUACAGGCUAGAUUUAGCAUUUCUGUCAAAGACCAGAGUAGUGGUGCACAGAGUAAGAGUCUUGAUUCUUCACAUUGGUUUUCAGCUGCUGUAGCCGGCUGGGGUUGGUCUGCAUUCAUGCCGCUAAGUGAAUUCAAGAAUCCAAAAAAAGGCUACCUUGUUGAGGACUGCUGCAUUGUGGAAGCAGAUGUCUCUGUAAUUGGUGUUGUCGAUGAUCCGUCGGCUACGGCUGUAGCGGUGGAGGCUACGGUGGUGGAAGACGUGAAGGUGGCGGCGGUGGAUACGGUGGAAGACGUGAAGGAGGCAGUGGUGGUUAGGCUGCACAUCCAUGGCGGCGUCAAUAUUCUCAUUAGCUCUGUGGUUAAAGCCCAAAUCUAUUUCGCCGGAGCUCCGGCAGUGGUGGUCGGCGGCGGAACAGUGGGGAAGAGGGGAGAGAGAGAUGGGAGGGUUGGGUUAGGUUGGAAGUGA